AUGGGGUUCCAGAGGCAGGGCGGGGUUCCAGAGGCAGGACGGGGUUCCAGAGGCAGGACGGGGUUCCAGAGGCAGGAUGGGGUUCCAGAGGCAGGACAGAAUUCCAGAGGCAGGACGGGGUUCAAGAGGCAGGAUGGGGUUCCAGAGGCAGGACGGGGUUCUAGAGGCAGGAUGGGGUUCCAGAGGCAGGAUGGGGUUCCAGAGGCAGGACCGGGUUCCAGAGGCAGGAUGGGCAUCAGAGAUUGUGCCUUUCUUCCCAGCCAGACUCGAUCCGGCGUGCUGUCGGCAAGCAGACACGAGGCCACGAGUCCCGCCGAGGCUCGGCUGAGUUCACAUUUUGGUCAAAGCCGGGUGUCGCUGUCAAAUGUGACGUUGUUGCUCAUACUGAUCGAGCUUUUGGGUCCAGACUUCACAGAGACGCACUACACAGAAGACGGACGGCCGGUCACUGUCAGGCCUUCCAGCUACACUGAUCACUGCUUUUACCACGGGCAGGUCAGCGGACAUCCAGGAUCCUGGUUAGCGCUCAGCACCUGCUCAGGAGUCAGGGGCCUGAUUUUCUUGAAUUCUACUCACACGUACUACCUGGAACCGAUGACCGGUCUGAAUCCUCACCAUCAUUCCCUGUUGAACGCUGAAGACCUGCCAGUCACAGGAGGAAGCUGCGGCCACGCCCAUCAGACCGUGUGGUCCGACAACAUGUCCAGCCUGCUGAAAGCGUUUCAUCCCAGGAUAAAAAGAAACACUUGGGGCACCACAAAGUACAUGGAGCUGUACGUGGUGGCUGACAGCGCACUGUUCAAACGCCAGAAUAAAGACUAUGACAAAACCAGGCAGAGGAUCAUGGAGGUCGCCAAUUAUGUGGACAAGUUCUACAGGGCUCUGAAUAUCCGCGUCCCUCUGAUUGGUCUGGAGAUUUGGAAAUAUCGGGAUCAGUGCAUCGUCACCGCGGAGCCGAACGCCACCUUGUGGUCAUUUCUUCAGUGGAGGCAAAAACUGAAAUCCCACAAGAAACACGACAACGCUCAGCUGCUCACAGGUGUGAUCUUCAAAGGGACCACCAUCGGGAUGGCACCACUGGAGGGGAUGUGCAGCCUGGAAAAUUCUGGAGGCAUCAAUGUGGACCACUCCGAGUUGUCCGUCGGUGCUGCAGCCACCAUGGCCCACGAGAUCGGCCACAACUUUGGCAUGAGCCACGACCACGACGGCUGCUGUGUGGAGGCCAGCGCUGAGCAAGGAGGCUGUGUGAUGGCCGCCGCCACGGGGCACCCGUUCCCGCGGGUUUUCAGCCACUGCAGCAAGCGAGACCUGGACAGCUACUUCCAGAAAGGAGGGGGCAUGUGUCUGUACAACAUGCCCAACAUGAACGACCUGGUGGGCGGCAAGAGGUGCGGCAACGGCUUUGUGGAGGACGGAGAGGAGUGCGACUGCGGGGAACCCGAGGAAUGCACCAGUGACUGCUGCCACGCAAACAACUGCACCCUGAGGGGCGAUGCACAGUGCGCGCAUGGUGUGUGCUGCGACGGCUGCAAAUUGAAGCAGGCCGGCACCAUGUGUCGGGGGCCGGCAGGGUCGUGUGACCUUCCAGAGUACUGCACGGGGGCGUCGCCAUACUGUCCUCCCAACGUCUACCUGCUGGACGGCUCCACGUGUCAGUACGGGCGCGCGUACUGCUACAACGGCAUGUGCCUGACGCACGAGCAGCAGUGCCUGCAGCUGUGGGGCUACGGAGCUCGGCCAGCCCACGACGCCUGCUUCGAAGACGUCAACGCAGCAGGAAAUGCAUUUGGGAAUUGUGGGAAAGACGAACACGGCACCUACAAGAAGUGCGAGAAAAGUGAUGCCAAAUGUGGUAAGAUCCAGUGCCAAAGUGCCGCCAAAAAGCCCAAAGGCACCAACGCCGUCGCCAUUGACACCAUCAUCAAGACCGGAGACAAGUGCCGCGGCACCUACGUGUACAGCACGCAGGACGGCCAGGACGACCUACCCGACCCCGGCCUGGUCACCACUGGAACCAAAUGUGGAGAGGGGAAGAUACGUGCUUGUAUCUUUGUAAUAUGUGCCCGUAUCUUCGUAAUACGGGCCUGUAUCUUCAUGAUGCGCCCCUGUAUCUUCAUGAUAUGCCUGUAUCUUCAUGAUAUGCCUGUAUCUUCGUAA